AUGAUGCAGGCUGCUGCGCUAGCGUGUCGCUUUCCGCACACUGAGGGUCAGUGUGAAGGAUUGCUGAUGGCAGAGCCGGCAGCGAAGAAGGCCAAGGUCGAGACGAAGACCGUCGAAGAUCAGUGGCAGGCUGUAGAAGAGAAGAACCGGGAGGAGCUCCUGAAGGAGCUAGUUGACGCCUGGGACUAUGAAGGCUCCGACACCCUGCCUUUGGAGGAGAUCUUGCCUGUCUACAUGAAAGGCGUGCUGGAGCCGCAGGUUCGAGCUGGUAUUGAGAAGUUCUGCGGCUCGCAAGGCAUCAAUCCUGCAAAGGGCUUGGACAAGGAAGUGUUCAAGAAAUGGCUGAACAAGCUGCCCACGGAGCAGCUGGCUGCGCUGAUGAACACGAACCUGGCUGUGGUGAAGGACUUCAGAGACAAAAGCACCAAAGAGAUGCUGGAUUCUCCAGCAUCUCCAAGGAACAAGAGCAAGAACCUGCGGCGCAAGGUUGCACGCACGAAGAAGCAGCUGUUCGGCUCGCCCUGA